UUUUCAAAAUUACACACUGCUUCGGUUGGACGAAUGUCAGUGCAACAGUUAUACGUAUACCGUAGAUUGUGAAAAGAACAUUGUUAUUUUAAGUGCGCGCUUAUCUUAUUAAAUUAAAAAGCAAAACUAAAAAAUAAAACGUAUUAUUUAAAAUAAAUAUAUACAAAUAUAAAUAAUCUAAUCAAAAUGGUUCGUCAGCUAAAACAACAACAAAUAAUUUUGCGGUUUCUUUUAAUACUUUCCACACUUGUAGCAGCAACGCACUCUUUCGAGGUUGAAAGUUUAGAGCAUGUUGAAAAAUUUAAACCCAGUAUUUUCAUUGAAAAAUUGGCGCCAGAACAGGCAAACCAAAUAUUUCGUAGCCCUGUAGAGGUGGCUACAAACCAUACUGGAUUACAUAUCAUGUGGCGGAAAUUUGUGGUACGUGUUACUUCGGAAAUGCAUUCGUCGGCAUUGUCAAAAAGUUUUGGCAUAACAAAUAUGCCGAGUGGAGAGGAUAUGUCUCCCAUUAUUACGGAGCGAAUAAGAUUAAUGAAUAUUGCCGCAGAAGUUGAAUUCGAGAAUCGUAUCAUUAAUGGUGUACUUACCUUCAUGAAGAUAUUAUUGGCUUUGGAUAUUCUGAUACUUGUUGGAGUGCUUGGAAUGCUUAUCAGUGGUUUUGAUAAAACUAAGGCGUCUGCCAAAGAUGAAGUGGUUAAAGUGUAGAAGAUAAUUUUAACUAAUAUUUUAAUAAACUA